AUGAAUAAAUUAAAAGAAGAAAAAAAAAAAUCCGUAAAUCCAGACUAUUCUCCAAAAAAGAUUGCAUUAGGUCCAUUGUUUAUAGUGCCGCCAGUUCUUAUGUUUUUCUCCCUUUCUAUUUUUCCAUUUUUAGCAGAAAAAAGGGACGUGAACAACAUAAAAAAAAAUACGAACAAGAGUAGUAAUUUUAUCUGCGAUCGAAAUUCAUAUGUGAAGACGUGUAAAAAUACAAUUGCAGGAGAAAAUGAUAACAUAAUUAACAAAAUAAAAGAACUAAAUUUAUUGCUCCUACAAAAUAAGGAUGAAAUAAAUAUCCUGCAGCAAGAGAACGAGACUUUUUCAUCACAGGUAGCAAAUUUCGUGAAAAAGUGCAAAGAAUUGCAAUGCAUGAUAUCGGCGCGAGAAAAGGACAUUGCGAAAUUAAAAGAGAAUGAAAAAUACCUGGUACAGGAAUUAAACAAAAGGGAUAAUGAAAAGGGCGAACUGGAACUACAUAUAAAAGAAUUACUGCAGGGAAAGGAAAGCAAAAAGGCACAUAUAUCUGAUGUAGAAAAUAAAAUCAGCAUUUUAAAAAACGAGUUGGAUGCAAAAUGCCUUGAAAUAAAUAUUUUAAAUGAUAAUGUAAAAAAACUCGAAGAACGAAUUAUUCUUCUUCAGAAUGAGAGUACAAAAACGAAACAAGACGUAAUCAACAACUUAAAAAGACAAGACCAAAUAAAUGAACAAACAAAUUUAAAGGAUAAUAAAAUAUUCGAACUAGAUGAAAAGACGAAAAAAUUGAAUAAAAUUAUAAAAGAUAAAAUUGAGGAAAAUGAAAAUUUAAAAAAAAAAAUACAACAGCAAACUUCCAAAAUAACAUAUUUGAACGAAAAAAUUCAAACCUUUGAAAAAGAUCAAAAAAAUGAUAAAGAUAAAAUUAAAAAGUACCUAGAAACCAUAAAAAAUUUAAAAAAAGUGAAUAGCAAAAAGGAUGAACAAAGUAAAGAAAGUAAAAUGCAGGAUCAACGGAAAGAGCAUGAAGAUAUCGUAUUUAACUCUCAGAUUUAUAAUUUCAGCAAGAAAAAGGAUAAACAUAAACAAAUUGCCAACAAUUCUAAAAAUCACAAAAGCGGAAGAAAUACAAAUGAACAAAGUAGUAAUUCUUUGUCAUUUCGUGAUACACUAAAUGUUAAAAACGAGCUCGACUGCGGUAGCAACACAAGCAGCAGCUAUAGUGAAAGUAGCGAUGAGGAAAUCGUCAGCUUUUCCAGUAAAUAUAAAUUAAGUAAAAAUAUGAACAAUACAGGUGAUAAAAAUGUAAAAAAUAAAUGA